AUGUCUCAGUCAAUUGCUGUGUUUGGAGGCAAUGGCUUUCUUGGGAGGAAAAUCUGUGAAGUGGGUGUUCGAAUGGGGUGGUCAGUGACGUCUCUCUCUAGAUCUGGGAACCCGCCCAAACCUACUAGCCACUCAGAUCCCCAGUGGAUCUCCAGCGUCAAUUGGCAGGCUGCUGAUCUUUUUAACCCAGACACUUACAAAGAGCACGUUGCAAAUAAGAAUGCGGUAGUUCACUCCGUGGGGAUUCUUUUUGAGAACCUGGACUACAAGAAGGCGAUCAACUCCAACUUUAGCUUCUUGAAUGACUUCCUGAGGCUUGCUUCCAUGUUGAAGGGCCCCAACCCUUUGACCAAGAACCACAAUCUGACAUACGAGGCAAUUCAAAGGGACACUGCCGUGAUGUUGGCAGACACUUACAUUGAGAACCUGAAAGAAGUGGAGAAUCCUUCUUACGUCUACAUAUCUGCUGAAAUGAAGCCUCCGAUUGUGCCCGAGGGCUACUUAACAACCAAAAGAGAAGCAGAGUUUGAGCUUUCCUGUAAACCAGGCCUUCGGUCCAUCUUUUUGCGUCCGGGCAUUAUGUACGACGAGAGUGCCCCUCUUGUGGAGAAACGGAAGCUUUUCAGCAAGUUUUUGAGUUUGGGGUACUCAGUGAAAGAGGGGGUUUUGGGAGAUAAGAUCCCCGUGUUCAACGAGCUCAUACGGCCUCCAGUUUCUACAGAACAGGUGGCCAUCACGCUUUAUCGCAAGCUUGAGGACCCAGAAGCCAAUGGCGUUGUUAGUCUUGAUGAUAUUGUCGAUUUCUAG